CAGAGCCUGCGAAUAAUGCAGAAUUCUGCUGAUUUUCAUCAAGAGUGUUGCGGAGGUACAUCGGCUACCCGCACGGUUCCACCUCGCACCCACGGUCCGCCUGAGCCAUGUUCGCAGAGAGCCUCUGGGCCGUCACCGCUCGCCAGAUUGAGCGAUCUAGGGCAACAUUAUCUCCUAUCCACAAGCGUCUUACUUGCGCCCCAUGCGAAUUACUGGACGCGCUCGCCGAGUUCUGUCAAUCUUCAAGUCACCCGGGGCGUUGGAUCGGACAUGAUAGGGUGCUAUGCAUGCCAUCCCUGCUUCUCUAUGUGGGUCAACAGCAAAAAUGUUCCUGUACGGGCGCUGUAUCAACUCGGGAGCGAGGUACACCGGGUCCAGGAUACUGAUGGCUUCCGACACGCAUAACAGUAUAACUAGGAAUCGUUUCUUGAAGUCCUAGGCAGGCAGCUUCGCCCAACCCCUCCUCACAAUCCUCACCGUCAGCCGUCCACUGCCGACAUGGACUACGACGCUUACGAUGCCCUGCUCCACCACAUCUUCAAGCAGACCCAAGGGGAUGCAUGGUUCAAGCCAUCUGAGGAGAACGUGCACGCCGGUGUCUGCCUCCGCGUCGACAACGGCCUCUUCCGCGUCUUCCCUUACGAGAACGUUUACCUCGAGCCUUUCGAAGCGGCCGUGCGCGUCUUGAACCCUGUUGUGGCCGUGAAGAUACGCAGCGCGGCUAUCCAUGCAGCGCUCGCCUCUGUCAAACCAGAUGCGGAUGCCAUUUACAUCGACGACGACACCCGCAUUCAGGUCCUGGACUCUAUGCUCGUGCUGGGCAGUGCUGACAAAGAACAGUGCGGCGCCUUCAUUCGUGAUGAACGGGUGCUUGUGGUUUGGUCAUAUCACCUCGACACCAUCAUUCCGACCUGUCGGGACUUCGAGGAGAAGCUCAUCAAGCUUGUCUGGGACCGACGUCUUGAAUACUCGGUGGCUUCAUGGGGGCAUGAGUCGUCGUCGGAGGCGGCCUCCGAUGUCAACCUCACCGAGAAGGUCGGGGAGCUGUCCGAGACUAAGGAGGUGGCCAGCGCUCCGAUGGCCGAUCCACCCAGAGCCAAGGCGCCGAAGAAGACACGUUUCUGGGGCCUAUCUUACUUCGUCGCCGAAAGGAGCGACAUCGAAAAGAUCGCGGACGGUCCCUCGCCUCGUCCAAUCCGUUUAUUCGCUCCCGUGUACGAUGGGCUAGGUGCAGCCUUGUCAAUAUUCUUCGUGGCCAGCGGAGUCAGUAUCUUGCUUGAGGAAUCCCUUCUUGAUGGAAAUUGGGCUCGCUUUGCACUCCUUGUCACCGCUCCUUUCUUGCUCUGUGUCUCUUUGUUCUUCUCAUUGCAGAUCAUUACCAACAUCUCGUACAUUCUUGGUCCGGUCGCGCAAUACCACCAGAACUCGAAGUAUUACUCGGCUUCGAAACCAGCGCCAAACAAGCUCGUCGACACCAACUUGCCUCACGUCACCGUCCAGAUGCCUGUCUACAAGGAGAGUCUCACAGAGACGAUCGCUCCUUCAGUCUACUCCUUGAAGAAGGCCAUGCAGACCUAUGCGCGCCAAGGCGGCACAUCAUCUAUUUUCGUCAACGACGACGGUAUGCAGCUCCUGUCAGAGACAGAGCGUCAAGCGCGCGUCGCGUUCUACGCCGACCACAAUAUCGGUUGGGUAGCACGACCGGCCCACAGCAGCGAACCCGAUGGCUACAAACGCGCCGGACGUUUCAAGAAGGCGUCGAACAUGAACUACGGCCUCGCUCUCUCCCUCAAGCUCGAGAAGCAUCUGAUUGCACUCGAGGAACAAGGUGCUCAGGACACGCUCGAGGAGUCGCUCGAGGAUCGCGCACUGAAACUCGCUCUCGACGAGGUGUACGAGGAGAGCGGGGGAAAGUGGCGCCCGUGGGCCGAAAACGGCAAGUCGAUCCGGGUAGGCGAGAUCAUUCUCAUCGUCGACUCGGAUACAAUUGUGCCAGAGGACUGCCUACGCGAUGCGGCGCGCGAGCUCGCCGAAUGCCCCGAUGUCGCGAUUAUUCAGCACGAGUCGGACGUCAUGCAGGUUGCGCAUCACUACUUCGAGAACGGCAUCGCGCACUUCACCCGUCGUAUCAACAAGUGCAUUUCGAUGGGCUGUGCGAAUGGAGAGGUUGCGCCGUUCGUUGGGCAUAACGCAUUCCUCAGAUGGUCAGCGCUCCAGGACGCGGCGUUUAUCGACCCCGCGGACGGGAAGAAGAAGAUCUGGUCCGAGUCUAACGUCUCCGAGGACUUUGACAUGGCGUUGCGUCUGCAGCUCUCUGGUUACAUCAUCCGCUGGGCGACCUAUUCCGACGGUGGUUUCAAGGAAGGCGUGUCGUUGACCUGCGACGAUGAAUUGAACAGAUGGCAAAAGUAUUCCUAUGGUUGCAACGAACUCAUCUUCAAUCCUCUGAUCGACUGGUGGCACAUGGGUCCUAUCACAAAGCAACUACGGACAUUCAUCUGGUCCGACGCGCCUGUCCACUACAAGAUAACCAUGAUGGCUUACAUGUUCUCGUAUUAUGGUCUAGCAGCAUCGUCAAUCCUUUCUGUACUCAACUACUUCCUCCUCGGUUGGGACAUCGCGGUCGAUGGAUUUUACGAGCACAGUUUCGAGAUUUGGCUGGCCUGCACGGUUGUCUUCCCCGGCGCCGGCAACGUCGGGUUCACUUUGCUCGAGUACCGCCUUGGCCAACGUAAUAUUCUCGAUUCCUUCAUCGAGAAUGUCACAUGGAUUCCCUUCUUCUUUUUCUUCUUCGGCGGGCUCAGUAUCCAUCUCUCUCAGGCUCUCCUCGCCCACAUGUUCUCUUAUAACAUCCAAUGGGGCGCAACCAAGAAAGAAGUCGAGCGGUCGAACUUCUGGCAGGAGGUCCCCAAGAUUCUGAAGCGCUUCUGGAUCGCAUUUGUGAUCAGCUUCGCAUGCUGCGGUGCGAUGGUCAUCCUCACUACGGAUGCUGUCCCCAUUGGCUGGCGUAUCUUCGGCUGGGACUGGGCCGUCAUCCUCCCGCUCGCUAUCUUUGCCGGCUGCCAUAUCGCAUACCCGAUUAUUCUCAACCCCUGGUUCAUGGUCUUCGCUUACUGAUGGUCCCCUUGGCAAUUCUACUUACACAUAUCGGAUAUUGCACAUCACUCAUUCGCCGGUGCUGCGGCUCAUCGGCUUAUCCACUGUCAUUCAUUCGUUGACGUAGGCCAAGUGUUCCUUGAUCGUCACUCACUAAGGGCUAGAGAUAGAACUUGCACUGUUCAUUUCAUCAGGUCUACGGGGCUGUCGGACUUCUCGUAUUGUAUAUAUAUCCAUGGGCCGGAAUUCACCACAAGUACACGGUGCAUAAAUUACUUUUCACGUAUUCGUAGAGAUUGGUUAGACAUGAUACCACCC